UGAGGACAUGGGAAGUUGAAAAUCCAAAGAAGCAAAGAAGUGUAUUUAAACCACGAACGAUGCAGGGUAAAAAAGUAAUUCCCACCACAUGCACAUAUAGUAGAGAUGGAAACCUCAUAGCAGCUGCCUGCCAGAAUGGAAGCAUACAGAUCUGGGACCGAAAUUUAACUGUUCAUCCUAAAUUCCACUAUAAACAGGCUCACGACCCGGGCACAGACACUUCUUGUGUGACUUUCUCCUAUGACGGAAAUGUCCUUGCCUCUCGUGGAGGUGAUGAUACAUUAAAGUUAUGGGACAUCCGACAGUUUAAUAAGCCACUUUUUUCAGCCUCGGAUCUUCCCACCAUGUUCCCAAUGACUGACUGCUGUUUCAGUCCAGAUGAUAAGCUCAUAGUUACCGGUACAUCUGUUCAAAGGGGAUGUGGCAGUGGCAAACUUGUUUUCUUUGAGCGCAAAACUUUCCAAAGGGUAUAUGAAAUAGACAUCACAGAUGCGAGUGUGGUCCGCUGCCUGUGGCAUCCAAAGCUGAACCAGAUCAUGGUGGGAACUGGAAAUGGACUGGCUAAAGUCUAUUACGACCCCAACAAAAGUCAGAGGGGAGCAAAAUUAUGCGUGGUUAAAACCCAGCGGAAGGCGAAGCAAGCUGAGACUCUCACCCAGGACUACAUCAUCACCCGAUACCUGUGA